GGUAACAUGAGAUUAUACAGCCUCAAUUUGCCGAAUCCCAGCUGGAAAAUCUCAUGGAUUGCAAGGUUACGCAGGUGCAGUAUUCACGGUCUGUGCGGUCCUUAUGGUAUGUGCACAUAUACACCAGAGCCCAUAUGCGUGUGCCCACCUGGUUUUGAAAGGGUUGAUUUAAAUAAUUGGUUCAAAGGAUGCCGGCCGCAAAAGAAGCUCUCUUGCAGUGCAAAUCGUUCGCAGUUUAUUAUGCUCCCGUUCGUAGAUUAUUAUGGUUAUGAUUAUUUCAAAAGAGAUGGUUUGUCAGUACUGGAGUGUGAAAAAUUGUGCAUGGAUGAAUGCAAUUGUUUAUGGUUUAGCUACAGAGGUAACGGCAUAAACAGUUUUUAUCCAAAGUAUUUACUUAUUACUGGAUCUCAAACUGUAGAGCACACAAAUAACAUGUAUGUUAAGAUAUCCAUUGAUGAAUCUUCAGCGACCAAAGUCUCAUCUGUGCUACAGUUACUGCAAUCUAACUUGAGCUCACCACAAUGUUCGCAGCCGUUGGAAUAUCUAGGACAACCACAAAAUAUUUCAUCCACAGUUGGAAAGAAGGGGCGAACAAGUCAGCUGACCGUUGCUCUGGUCUCUUUUGUUGCUGCUCUUGGGUUAACAGAAAUUGUUUGCAUAGCUUUGGGACGAUGGUUUUUCAUUAAUGCCUUUCAAGAGGCUGAUGUCUAUAAUCGACAAGGCUACUUUGCCAUUCCUGGAGGGCUUAAAAGGUUUGAGUUUUCAGAACACAGAAAAGCCACCAAUAAUUUCAGCGUGUGGGAAAGGGUCGAUUUGGGAGUGUGUACAAGGACCUUCUCCUCCCGGAAAAUAAAGUGAUUGCAGUGAAGCGAUUAGAAAGUGUAUCUCAAGGAGAAGAUGAGUUCCGGGCAGAAUUAAGCUUGAUUGGCCGAGUCAGUCACAUGAAUCUGGUUAGAAUGUUUGGAUACUGUGCGGAGGCAAAGCACAGGCUGCUAGUUUAUGAAUAUGUUGAGAAUGGUUCACUGGAUAACUAUUUGUUUACCCAAGACAGCUCAAGAGUCUUGGAUUGGAACCGUAGAUUUCAAAUUGCAGUGGGCACAGCGAGAGGGUUGGCUUAUCUGCACGAGGAAUGCCUGGAACGGGUUCUCCAUUACGACAUCAAACCAGAGAAUAUUCUUCUAGAUGAGAACUUUCAUGCCAAAGUUUCAGACUUUGGAAUGGCAAAGCUUGUUGGCAGUGGGCAUGGAAAUAACGGCCUCGCUUUCUCUACCAUACGAGGAACAAGAGGUUACCUGGCACCAGAGUGGACGAUGAACCUACCCAUCAAAGCCAAGGCAGACGUUUACAGUUUUGGCAUUUUUCUCUUGGAAUUAGUUAGUGGGCAAAAGGCUGCGGAGUUUCACAUGUCUGGGACCAAUUUUGUGCAGUGGGCUUUUGACAGUGUUAGAGAAAAUAGAUGGACGGAGAACAUGGUGGAUCCCAAAUUAGGAGGGAGGGAUGUGGAGUUGAAAUCAAAGGUGGAAAUGGAAAGGGUGUUGAAAGCGGCGUUACUGUGCAUUGAGCAGGACAAGGAUAAGAGGCCUUUCAUGAGUCAAGUGGUUGAGAUGUUAAUUCGGACAGUAAGAGGAGAUGGAAAAGAGAUUGAAAUGGUUCAAAUAGUCAGGCAGUCCAGUGAGUUCAUAAGCAAGACCAGUGAGUUCUCUUCAGAUGCAUCAACAUCCGAAACUUCUUCCUUGUUAUCUUCAGCUGAUUAUGGUGAAAAGAAGAGAGAAGUUUCCAUGAAGAGAGCUGCUGCAGUUUCUUCACAGCUGUGAACAAACCUUAAUGGGUAGACCCACGAUAUAUUCAAAUUAAAGGGAUGAUUGGACAAAAAUAUUUGUCUAAACCAGAAUGUUAUAAAUCAAACCUUAGGGAAUACUACUUUCACAUUUAAAAGGUGAAUCAUGGAAGCUUUAAAAAAAUAGCUCCUUGAACUUAUGUAAGGUAUGAAGUGUGUUUUUAUUAUAUGUUUACAAGGAGUAGAAGGUCAAUGUUUCAUUCUAAAAAUAAUUUCUUUAAAGUAUCAAAGUGUUUAUCGUUAGUUUAAAUGGUUGUAUUCAUUUGAGAAUAGAAGAGAACUAUUAUCAUAAUUAUUAAAGGUAUUCUUGAUUUACUA